ACAUCAUUUUCUAUUAUCUUCGUAAGAAAAUAAUGUACUCAGCCGAGCCGAAAAUCAAAGUCACCACAACUGAUUGCCUCUUUUGUUCUAGCAUAACAACUUUGUAUGAGAGGUUUGUUGAGAAAAACAACGAUAUAUCGGUGUUGUCUCUUUCUCACAAUGUGGCCCAGUACAUUCAAGGUGGUAAGAUAUUAUGUGCCACUCCUUGGCAUUUGGUUGAUCAUGUUGUUAUGCCUAUCAAUGUAAAAUUACAGGAUCAUUGGAUUUGUGGUCGUCUUAACAUAGUUGACAGGCGCAUAUAUCUGUACAAUUCAUUGCGUUCUGGGAGGUAUAUGACUGCUGCCAAAGAGGCUUGCAAGCCUUUCUCUGUUAUUUUACCAUAUUACUUCUCUAUGUUAGACUUCAAAGGCCUUCGCAACGAAACUAAGUUUAGCACUAUGGAACCGUUCCCUAUUGUUGCUGUUGAUGGUUUACCCGAGCAGGUCACAGCUGAUUGUGGUGUUUUUGUUGCAUCAUUUGCUGAGUAUUUCAUUGAUGGCAAACCCAUCCCAUCCUCUGAUUUUGAUGUGGAAAUUCACCGCGAUCGUUUGGCUGCGUUAUUUUAUCAGUAUGGGAUGAAGAAGCAAACUGAGAACAUUGAAAGUGAAUCCGAGGCCCCUCCCAGCCUUCCCAAGAAGUGAUUUGCUUUUUCAAUCAGACUGUUAUUGUUCUUAUAGUUUUUUAAUGUUGUUUUAAUGUUUUUCUUGUUGUUUUUCGUAAACAAACAUUGGUGUUCUGUUGUUUUUCCUUACGCUUUGUGUGGACAAUAUGUAAUCUUUUAUUUUUGUAUGUUUUUUCUUAUUAUUUUUAUGUACAAACAAGUUGGUAUGUUAAAGUUGUUUGUUUUUUCA